UUGAGGGUAUUUCAGGAUACCAAGGAGUGAAGGGACAAGAAGGCCGGACUGGUCGAGAAGGACCCCUUGGACCCCAAGGGCCCCAGGGUGUUGUUGGUGAUGCUGGGGAGCGUGGAUCUGCAGGCGAGAAGGGAAAACCUGGUGUCCAAGGAAGACAGGGAAAACUUGGCAGCCAAGGGGAGAAGGGAAUUGUGGGAGAUCCUGGUUUGCCAGGGAGAGAUGGAGGUGCUGGUGUGGAUGCGUACCAAGGACCACAGGGCAAAGUUGGCAGGGGUGGACAAGUUGGAAUUCGGGGCGAGAAGGGAGCCAUGGGACCUCCUGGGAACAUGGGGCCCCAAGGCCGGACCGGCCUGAGAGGUUACAAGGGCUCGGCGGCGAAGCCAGGAAGGCCCGGAUUUAUCGGACCCCCAGGACCCACGGGACACAUAGGAUUACCUGGACGCCCUGGCCCUAAGGGGGAUACAGGUAUACGAGGAAUCCAAGGUGUAAAGGGUGCAGAGGGAGAAAAAGGCAGCAAAGGUCCCAAAGGAUGGGUUGGUGACCAAGGUCCUCCAGGGUUCCAGGGAGUACAGGGGGUUCGGGGCCCCGGCGGAGAGCCAGGUCGCAAAGGGCCCGUGGGAAACAAGGGCGUCCGGGGUGAGGGAGGCCUGCUUGGGUUCCAGGGCCCGCCAGGACCACCUGGCCCGACCCUCGCUGCGCAACACGUCAUCGAGGUCUGCAAGCGCGUGGUCCUCGAGCAGAUGUCUACCUUCGCCAACUCCGUGAAGCGAACAUGCGCCGCCGUCUGCCCUCUCUACGGAGACGUGCCCAUGGGUGCCCCCGGACCCCCCGGAAACAAGGGACCCCCCGGACCACCCGGAGACUCUGGUACUGAUGGUGUUGAUGGUGAAGCGGGACAAGAAGGAUUCUAUGGAGAAGCAGGUGACCCUGGCAAACUCGGAUCGCGAGGUGAGCCAGGAGACCAGGGCGACAAAGGAGCCAAAGGCUACGGCUUGCCGGGUUACAUGGGAGACCAGGGAGCAAUGGGUCAAAGGGGCAGGAUCGGACGGGCCUUCAACGGACGUCCGGGAGAGAUGGGCGAGCGAGGCCACGGUGGCCGGCCUGGCCUCAGGGGUCAUCCUGGCCUGCGCGGCGUCCCUGGGGUGUGCUUGACCAGCGGUUGCGUGGACCUCGGUGCCGCAGGCGCCAGCGGAGGAGCGAGCGUGAGCGGAGCCGGAAGCGGCAUCCUCCCGCCCCAAGUGCCCGCGCCCGUGCCCGCCCGCCCAGCGCCCCGACCCCAGCCGCAGUCGCCCCGUCGCUUCCGAGGGCGCGGUUAA